AUGGGGACCACAAGGGCUGAAACUCUUAACUUAAUAGCCAAAGAAACUGGCAGAGCAACAGUGAAUCUGUGUAAAAUCCUAGGAUUCGCCACCUCGGACACCUCCAGCGUCAACAAUGAAGCUACUAGGGAUAGGAAUAUCACCUUGUCCGAAUCCUUUCUUGCUGGCCUACUGCGCCGUUAUCCAGGGGGCAAAAUCUUUAAUUUUGACGCCAACGGAUCUAUCUCAUCCAACGAGACUAGUGACUCUAUGUUCAAAAGCUUCAAUUCUUGUAAGAAGUAUAAAAGAACUCAGAAGUCAGUAUUACAACAAGAUACUUCAACACUUCUCCAAAUAGCUCCUAAUACUCGAAGUAUUAUCUUUUCGCCGGUCUGGGAUUCUUAUAAGACUAGAACUCCUCAACGAGUCUUUACUUUUGACGACGAAAUAACAUUUUUCACCACAUUCGGCAGUAGCCUCAUCACAGAAUCCAACCUUCUAGCUGGCCUAAGCCAUAAGCUCCGAUCUCCUCUUCACGGCAUAUUUAGCACGGUAGAGCUUUUAAGCGAUACAGUAAUAGAUUCCUUACAACGGGGAUUCGUGCAUACUAUAACAUCCUAUACAAAUACCUUACUCAGAUCUAUAAACCAGCUUCUCGAAUUCUCUAGUAUCAAUGAUUUUAAUCAGAAACGUGAUAUAGCAUCAUUGCCCUCUCUGGGUCGUCAGAAUUUAUCAACCAGCCAGUCUGAUCCCGAAUCUAGCAUUCAAGUAGAUAUCACUGUGGAAGACACUAUUAAGGCUAUUUUUACAGGGUUCUGCUUCUUCCAAACUUUAUAUCUUCCCCUACAGAGCGGUUCUGGUACUAAUACAAUAUUACCUCGGUGUAUCAAUCUCAUUCUUAACAUCGAUAAGGCAUCAAGUUGGAACUUUAUUACACAUCCCAGUGCACUGCAUAUUAUAUUAACAAACAUCAUGGGUAAUGCCUUGAAGUAUACCCAUAAGGGUUAUAUAUCCGUCCAGGUCAAGGCAAACCCCAUCAUUUCCGACAACAAUAGUGUACCUGUGCGCUCUGGAAUCACAAUUUCUGUUCAAGACACAGGAUGCGGCAUAGAUCCAGAGUUUCUCCGGAACAGUUACUUCACUCCCUUUUCACAGGAAAAUAACAUACUACCUAGAAAUAGUCUCGGUGCUAGCAUCACACAAAAGACGAUUCAAUCUAUCCAUAGAGAUGUUGAAGUUCACUCUCAGAAAGGAAUCGCACCCAUAUUCGAAUUUCCCUCACACUCAAUCAUACGCCUAAGAAGACACCUUUCGAAGGAAUUCUAG